AUGCUCGCGUUCGCCAAUGCCGAUGGUCGCGUUCCGUGCGGUCUGAUGAGCGGAACUCCAAUACAUUCGUACGACGAGAUCCCGUUCAUCGUUGCCCUCUUCGUCGUUCGGAAUCAAAGCCAGUCCCAUAUGGAGGUGGCCCAUUGCGGUGGAACGUUGAUAGCCACCGAUUGGGUAAUAACGGCGGCACAUUGCAUCACCCCACUCUCCGUAGUGGAUCCGUCCAAGGCGAGGGUCUGUCACAACAUCCUUGAUCCGACCAUCGACAAGUGCAAGUCUUAUGGGAAAUUCGUCGCGGUGCAUCCGCAAUACAAGGAACGUCAACUUUUCGCCAACGAUCUUGCGAUGAUCAAGAUUUCGCCGAUAGAAACGCCCGUCGCGAAGCUACCGUUACUCAUCGCCGGCAGUUCUCUGCGCGGAAAAUACAUGACAUUUACCGGAUGGGGCAACAGCACGUUGAUAACGAAGACGGAACUGUUGAUAGGAAAUCAGUGUCAUAAUGAUUUAUCGUUAUGCACUUCGAGCGACGAGAACAAAGGGAUCAUCUGCAGGGGUGACUCUGGCGGUGGACUCUUCUACAAGAAGAACACUCUUGUCGGAGUCGCUUCCUUAGGUCAUUCGACGUGCAUCGACGUGAACGCGAUGACCAAUUUCGUGGUUUUCGUCUCUGUUGAUAAGUAUUUGAUGUGG